AUGAACGUGGUAGCAGACGCUCAGAUCCAAACUGUCAAACGGGAGACUCCUCAGUACCUUCGUUCACAAUCUUUCAAGUCCGACGCUGCCUCCAACGAAUACUUCUCAGACUAUGCGUCGGACGCUGUCAGUCAAGACUCCGACGAUAGCAAAGCAAGCUAUGAAACUCCGCCAUCUCGAAUAUCAACCCCCAUUGUACAACAGACUGCGCAGGAGUCAGAGAUGACCCUACCAUCGAGACCGGGUGCAACUCACCCCGCUCCAUUACACAUCAGACAGAACGAGUCCGGAGAGAGGACUGUUCGAAUGCUCACCAACUUUGAUGAAAUGAGCCCCCCCACCCCAGGCGUGGACGACACCCCAUAUAUCAGAUUUGCCAUUGAGCAAUUGACAAGAGAUGAAGAUGUUACAGGCCAGGGCAGACACAGUACCACGACCCCCCUCAACUACUCUGCCAUACCCUCGCCUCCUGAGCCUGCGCAAGGCUCUACUGAGACUCUUGCGACCCCUACCCCAUCACCUCCUCCACCAACACCUCCCCAGCAACCGCGAACUCCUACGCCUCCCACGCAAACACCGAUCCAAAGAAAACCAGUUGCGCAAGAAGUCAUGAUCCCAGUAGAUCUAUCGAAAGACUUGCGAUCACAACUUGGAUUUGUACCACUACCACUCCGCCUUCCGUUUCUCGUCUUAUAUUUAUUCCUAUGCCUAUUAAUGAUCGCCGCACUAAUAUUCAACCUCAUCUUCGUCCAUGGGAAUCAUGGAUUAUACGACUACGAUGGAAAUGCCUCCCCACGAUACUUUGUUUUCAAAUAUCUCCCCCAGCUACUCGGUCUUUUACUGAUUGUGUGGCUGUUUGUCAUUGAAGCCGCAGUGUACCGAGCUCUCCCAUACUUUUGCAUGGCGCCAGGCCACCGCAACAACGCCGUCUUGCAUGGAAUGCGGAUACUUCCGGUAAACUUCGUGCUUCCAGAUUUCACUUUCUUUCGAGUGGGUGAGAAGCUGCUCGGAAUUGUCUUCGUCACGUUCUGGCUGAUGAGCUUCACGAUCCCCCUAUUAAGCUGCCUUUUCCAGACCCAGUGGAUUACCAAUGACGGUCCUGCGCGUUUCCGAUGGACAGUUGUUCGAGGUGUUGGUUGGACAUUGGUCGCCUUGUACAUCUUGCUCAGUGCUGGUGUAACCUUCUGCCUUGUUCGGUUCCGAAGCAGCAACUCUUCCCUAUUGUGGGAUCCCUGCUCCAUAGCAGAUUUGCUUUGCCUAUUCCGACGCUCCAAUGUUGUGUCGGAUUUUGAGCAAGCCGAGGUCUCUCCACAGCCAAAUGCAUCAAUGCCACCCAAAGUACUGCGCCUUGGGUUUUGGACCACUUCUGAGAGAUCUGAUGUCUUUCAUGGCGUGGGAGAGGAAUACGCUCCUAUCAAGCGGCUUUCCUUUCCUCCCAAUCGGCAGAAGGAGAAGCCGGUCGCCGGGUUUCUCGGUCGAGAUGAUACGCAGGAUGUCGAAGCACAACGUUUGUCGUAUGGGUCAGCAUUCACUCGCAACGUCCACUCUCCAUUUGUUCGGUACAGAUGGGUUCCAUGGUUUCUGCGAGACUCUGCUGUCCUUGCAUCCAUCAUUGCAGCGAUCCUCCUCGUCAUAGCCUUCUUGGUUGUGAGCUUUGUCAACCGUGCGGUUCAGGAUGGCUUUGACCCUUUACUGCCAUCACUAACGAACGCCGCCGGUUUCUCACCUGCCAACUUCCUCUACAGCUUUAUUCCGAGCCUUUUGGGGAUGAUCCUUUUCCUGAUAUGGCAACCUAUUGACAUCUACUAUCGAUCGGUUCAGCCACUCGCUAAUCUAUCUCGCCACACUGGUGCCGACGCGCAACACUCGCUUCUGCUGUCAUACCCUGCACAGACGCCGCUUGGUGUUGUGAUACGAGCCGUGAUCAAUGGUGACUAUAAAUUAGCUUACAUCACCUUCAUCGGUCUACUCUCUCUCUUGAUUCCUGUCCUCGCUGGUGGUGUCUUCACUGCGCGAUUCUACGAAAGUCAAAGCCAAGUAAAGAUGGUGGCCAGCAUGCCUGGUUAUAUUGCUCUCUGUGUCUUCGUGCCGAUAUAUGCAUUAUCUUUCUUGGUGGUCUGGCCAACAAGGAAACGAUAUCUACCACACAAUGUCAACACUAUUGCUGGUCUCAUGAGCUGGCUUUACGCGAGCCCCCUUCUUGAUGACGGCAUGGUACAAAAUGUUCGGACAAAGUCCGAUCUGACUUCGAGGCUCGUUGGUUCUUCUGCAUCCUCUGGUCUUACUGGAGACAGCUCCGCAGAUGAGAAGUCCAGAUUUGGCCGUCGUAUGCAUACCAGCACACGAGGCAAAGCGAUUCGAUAUGCAUUCGGCGUCUAUGUCGGUCGCGAUGGUAAGGAACAUUUAGGUAUCGACAGGAUGCAAAGACCUGGCAGUCGGGAAAUGCUUGUCCACCACGCAAGCGACAGAUUCGACUAUUCUACUAUUGCGAGACACUCUGGCAGCAAGUGA